AUGUCUGCAGCUAAAGACGCAGCGAUCGGUAUCGACCUGGGCACCACCUACUCCUGCGUGGGGGUUUUCCAGCACGGAAAAGUAGAAAUCAUCGCCAACGACCAGGGCAACAGGACCACCCCCAGCUAUGUGGCCUUCACGGACACCGAGAGGCUGAUCGGGGACGCCGCCAAGAACCAGGUGGCCCUGAACCCCAGCAACACUGUGUUUGAUGCCAAGAGGCUGAUCGGAAGGAGGUUUGAUGAUCCGGUGGUGCAAGCGGACAUGAAGCACUGGCCCUUCAAGGUGCUUUCAGAAGGAGGGCGGCCUAAAAUCCAAGUGGACUACAAAGGAGAGAACAAAACCUUCUUCCCUGAGGAGAUUUCCUCCAUGGUCCUGGUGAAGAUGAAGGAGACUGCUGAGGCCUACCUCGGACACAGGGUGUCCAACGCUGUCAUCACGGUCCCAGCCUACUUCAACGAUCAGCGACAGGCCACUAAAGACGCCGGCGUCAUCGCAGGACUCAACGUCCUGAGGAUCAUCAACGAGCCCACGGCAGCUGCCAUCGCGUACGGUCUGGACAAAGGCAGGUCGGGGGAGAGAAACGUCCUGAUCUUUGACCUGGGUGGAGGCACCUUCGACGUGUCCGUCCUGACGAUGGAAGACGGCGUCUUCGAGGUGAAGGCCACGGCCGGAGACACUCACCUGGGAGGAGAGGACUUUGACAACCGCAUGGUGAACCACUUUGUGGAUGAGUUCAAGAGGAAACACAAGAAGGACAUUAGCCAGAACAAGAGAGCCUUGAGGAGGUUGCGCACAGCCUGUGAGAGGGCCAAGAGGACCCUGUCCUCCAGCUCCCAGGCCAGCAUCGAGAUCGAUUCUCUGUUCCAGGGCCUCGACUUCUACACCUCCAUCACCAGGGCGCGCUUUGAGGAGCUCUGCUCCGACCUGUUCAGAGGAACCUUAGAGCCAGUGGAGAAGGCUCUGCUGGAUGCCAAAAUGGACAAGGGCCAGAUCCACGACGUCGUCCUGGUGGGAGGCUCCACCCGAAUCCCCAAGAUCCAGAAACUCCUGCAGGACUUCUUCAAUGGCCGCGCGCUGAACAAAAGCAUCAACCCAGACGAGGCCGUGGCUUACGGCGCCGCCGUCCAGGCUGCCGUCCUGACCGGGGACACCUCGAGCAACGUUCAGGACCUGCUUCUGCUGGACGUGGCCCCUCUGUCCCUGGGUAUUGAGACGGCUGGAGGAGUCAUGACGCCCCUGAUCAAACGCAACACCACCAUCCCCACCAAACAAACCCAGGUGUUCUCUACCUACUCCGACAACCAGCCCGGGGUCCUGAUCCAGGUCUACGAAGGGGAGAGGGCCAUGACCAAGGACAACAACCUGCUGGGCAGGUUUGACCUGACUGGAAUCCCUCCUGCUCCACGAGGGGUCCCUCAGAUUCAGGUCACCUUCGACAUCGAUGCCAACGGCAUCUUGAACGUGUCGGCAGUGGAGCAAAGCUCCGGCAAAGAGAACAAGAUCACCAUCAGCAACGAUAAAGGCCGACUGAGCCGAGAGGAGAUGGACAGGAUGGUGCAGGACGCCGAGACGUACAAAGCUGAGGACGAGCUGCAGAGGGACAGGAUCUCCGCCAAGAACUCCCUGGAGUGCUACGCUUUCAACGCGAAGAGCUGUGUGGAGGAUGACAGGCUGAAGGACAAACUGAGUGAGGAGGACAAGAAGAAGGUGGUGGACAAGUGUAAGGAGACCAUCAGCUGGCUGGAGGACAACCAGCUGGCUGAGAAAGACGAGUACCAACACAAGCAGAAAGAGCUGGAGAACGUGUGCAGCCCCAUCAUCAGCAGCUUGUACCAGGGAGGGAGGCCCACUGGGACCUGUAGAGGGCAGGCCCCAGGAGGCCCCCAGGGGCCCACUAUUGAGGAGGUCCACUGACCUGGACCUGGACUCUGUGGGCUUAUUGUUUGACUUUUGUACAUAAAAUGA